AUGGGCAGCGGCGGCUCGGCGCGGCCGGCGUCGGCCGAGGGCCCCGGGGGCGCGGAGCAGCGGCUGGAGGUGCGCGGCGGGCGGCUGCCGGCGGCGCUGUGGGCGCAGCGCGGGCUCAUCAAGCUGUACCUGAGCGGCGCGGGGCUGCGGGAGCUGCCGGCCGAGCUGGCGGCGCUGCGGCACCUCCGCACGCUGGCCCUGGACGGCAACGAGCUGCUGGAGGUGCCCGAGGCGCUGUGCCGCCUGCCGCGCCUGGCGCACCUCUACCUGGGCCGCAACGGGCUGCGGGGGCUGCCGCCCGCCUUCGCCCGCCUGCAGAGCCUGCGCUGCCUCUGGCUGGAGGGCAACGCCGUGGCACGCUUCCCCCGCGCCCUGCUGCGCCUGCCCGGCCUGCGCAGCCUGCAGCUGGGCGACAACCGCCUGGCGCGCCUGCCCGCCGCACUGCCCCGCAUGGCCGGCCUGCGCGGGCUCUGGCUCUACGGCAACCGCUUCGAGGAGUUCCCCCCGGCCCUGCUGCGCAUGGGCCAGCUCCGCGUCCUCGACCUGGACCGCAACCGCAUCGCCCGCUUCCCCGACCUGGCCGGCCUGGCCGGCCUGCGCCUGCUCUCCUACGACCACAACCCCGUGCGGCAGCCGCCCCGCGUGGCCGACGCCGUGCGGCUGGUGGGCGACGGGGCGCAGGAGUUCAUGGAGGCGCGGGAGGAGCGCCUGCAGGGCCUCCGGCGCCAGGACGAGAAGGAGAAGGAGGAGGAGGAGGAGGAAGGUGCUGAGGCCUCCCCGGCGGCCCCCAGGGACGGCUCCCCGCUGCUGGGGGACGAGGAGGGCGGCGUCGCGGCCCUGCCGGUCUCCCCGGGGGAGACGUGAGGCGCUGCGCCGCAGCCGGACACCCCCUCGAUGUGCUGCAAAGGGAUGGGGAGCCUCUGCGGGGCUGCCAAGGACCAGCGUCUCCCGCCUAGGGCAGGCAGAACGGGAAGCCUGCGACCUCUGCACAAGGGAAAACAGUCCACAGUUUGCUGGGACUGCAAAGAGCCGCCACCUGGACCCACGGGGCUCGCAGCUUGCCAUCAGCAUCCACAAGUCCACCCUAGAGCGCCCUGCGUAAGCAUGGGGCUCGAGCAUCGGACAAGGGAAACCUCCCUCUGCCUGACGGGUGGCCCUGCAGACCCCGCUCACCCACGGGACAGGCAGCCAGGCGUCCCUGAGAAGCCAGUGUCCCAGGAGCACGGCUCUGGGGACUUUCCUACAACGAGCUGCAGGUGCCCCACCGCCUCCAUGGGUGCCUUUUGCUCCUGGUUCCACGGGGCAAGACAGAAAGAAGCAACGCUGUUUGCAUCUUUGCGUGCAGACCCCGUUGCCCUGAAGAGCGUCAAGGUUUGAGACAAACGCACAAACCUCUUCUGCACCCAGAGACCCCCCACCCUGCCACUUCCAGGCUUGGAAAGAUGGAAAGCCUCGCCUGUGCGCCUACUCUCAAGCCUGCGAAGGGGUUUGCCUGUCUGCAGUGGGAAGAGGAGUCCCAUGCCCUGCCCAGAAUCAGGCUCUGGAGACAGGGCUGCAGGCUCACUGUCCCUCUUCCCCUCCUCGAGCCCCAUUUGUACCAAACUCUGGCAAUAAAAAGCACAAACCCAGCAAAUCUGGUGUGGAAAGGCUUUGGGUUCGUCUCUCAGGCGGCUGCAACAGGGAAGGGGGAGGUAUUUGGGAAGGGGGUUGAACGCAGCCUGUCAAUGCUUCGCAGCAGGACCA